ACCUACACGAGAACGAAAGGAAGCAGAGAGAGAGGGAUCGGUUUCAUUCAAGGGUUUGUGCCUAACAAGAACAACCAUUUUUAAAUCCUUAACUUUUUUGUCACUCAGUGAGCAACAAAAACAUUUCAAGCAUUUUGUUUCCUCUCUGAAAAGACGCACAACUGAAAGCAGCAGCGAUGGCGCCCUCUCUCCUCCAGGCCUACAGGAGGCGCUGGUGGAUGGCCGUGACGGCGGUGAUUGAAAAUCUGCUGUGCUCGGCGGUGCUGCUGGGCUGGGGCUCCCUGCUCAUCAUGCUGAAAAGGGAAGGCUUCUACUCCCACCUGUGCUCGGAGAACGAGUCUGUGAUCGUGCCUUUGCCCAACUCCUCCAGUGGUGAGUUGGAGUGGCUCAGCUGCGUGGAUCAGGAAGAGAUGCUGAAUCUGGGCUUUACCAUCGGGUCCUUCUUGCUCAGCGCCACCACCCUGCCGCUCGGUGUCCUGAUGGACAGGUUUGGGCCUCGCCCAAUUCGCCUGAUGGGCAGUUCGUGUUUCGGUCUGUCCUGUGUUAUUAUGGCCCUGUCUGUCUAUGACCCUCAUAAUCUGUCAGCACUUAUUUUCUUGGCUCUCUCCCUGAAUGGCUUUGGAGGCAUCUGCCUGACCUUCACCUCGCUCACGCUCCCCAACAUGUUUGGUGCUCUGAGCUCCACCAUCAUGUCUCUGAUGAUUGGCUCCUACGCCUCCUCUGCUGUCACCUUCCCUGGAGUCAAGCUGAUCUACGAUGCAGGUGUGUCCUUCCAAGUGAUCAUGUUGAUGUGGACAGGUCUCGCUGGGUUUGUCUGUCUCAACUGCUUCCUCAACUGGCCCACUGAAGGUUUCCCAACGCCUGACGAGGUAGACUACAGUAAGAUCAUCACACUGCCAGAGCUGCCUUCAUCUGACGAGAAGACUGAUGGAGAGCUACUGAGCCAGAAAAAUGGAGACAUCCGACGCUCCACAGAGAAACUUCCUAAUGGAUCCGACUCUGCGCCCAAUGCUACUCCCUUCAGACGGUCCGUAUUCUCUCCCAUCUUCCUGUGGAGUCUGGUCACGAUGGGGAUGUCCCAGUUGAGGAUCAUCUUCUUCAUGGGGGCGAUGAACAAGAUGCUGGAGUUUAUGGUCACCCGCGGUGUUGAGCAUCCAUCCGAGCAACUGGUGCUUGAGGCAGAAAAGAAAGUGAGUUUCUACUCGUCCAUCUUCGGCACGCUGCAGCUGCUGUGCCUGGCCACGUGUCCUCUGAUUGGAUACAUCAUGGACUGGAAGAUGAAGGAGUGUGAAGAGGAGAAGACCGUCGGCACAGAGCAGAGCAAGCAGACCACUGUACCCAAAAGAGACCGUAAGAUCCAGAAAGUGACCAACGCCAUGAGGGCCUUCAUUCUCACCAACGGGCUGCUGCUCGCUUUCGGAUGCUGCUGCCUCAUAGACUGCCUGCCUCUACAGAUCUUGACCUUCAUCCUCCACACUAUGGUCCGAGGCUUCAUCCACUCCUGUUGCGGAGGCCUUUAUGCUGCUGUCUACCCGUCCAACCACUUUGGCACUCUGACGGGCCUCCAGUCCACGAUCAGCGCUGUGAUCGCUCUGCUGCAGCAGCCGCUCUUCAUCGCCAUGGUGGGAAGGCUGAAGGGAGACCCCUACUGGAUCAACCUCGGCCUCAUUAUCUUCUCAUUGGCUGGUUUCCUGUUACCGGGUUACCUGUACUACCACCGCAGGCAGCUGCUGAGGGAAAAGGAGGCCAGAGACAAGCGGGCGGCCGAACAGGAGAUGCAGGCUCUCAACGACAAGGCCAACGGCUACAAACCUCACAGCAACGGCCUCGCUGCUGCGGAGGCGUAGAGCGACACCGAGCGGAGGGUCGGGGGAAUCGUAGUAUUUGUACUCGUCUUCAAAAUGAGCACCAGCAAUCUACACAUCCAUGUGUAUAUUUUUGUUUAGAUAUUUCCAGUUGGAUUUUGGUCAUUGCUGGUGCACAUUUUGUUCGCCACAAUCCAUACCCUCGAGCAAAUAGGAUUCCUCAUGCUUUGUUACGACUCAGAGUUGGACUUUAAGUUCUUUGUGAUUUCGGGAGAAGAUGUGUCAUCAUCGUUUGUUUAUUUAUUUUGGUUUAUUGGCCAAAUUAGUGUGAUUUGAAGCCAUAGAUUUCACUCACAAGCACACACCCUGGUACUGCCUGUGUGUCAGACUGCGGAUAUCACAGUACUUGAAAUACUGUUGUAUAGUUUUCAAAGAUUUCUUGAACAAUCAUCACAAUCUUUGCUGAGACCAAAGAACAGAGUUAGAAAAGUUUCCGUUUUUCCCUCCAUAUUGUUUCAGAAAUAUGAUAAAUGAAGCAAACUUGUGGUAGGAGAUACUUUGCUGUUUCUACUUUAAUUCCUCUGGCAAAAACUAAAAAAUAUAUAAAACAAAGCAUCCAACAGAAUACCAGACUUCUGGCACGUAGAAAGAAGCGGUUUGGGUAUUUUCGGAGUCCAGUUUUUCACACAGAUCACGCACAGAUAGGCUGGUUGUAGAGACACCACAUCUACCUCCUGUUUUUUGCACCGUCUCUCUGCAACCGACUCGUAUGUCUGUCCAUUGAAGUUAUUUUUUCCGCUAUUAAUCCUUUAAUUGUCAAAUACCCAAAAUGUCAAAUUGAAUCCCUACAGAAUUUCUCCUUGUGCAGUAAUGCUCUUUGGAGGUAUUGCUGAGUCAGCCCUUGCAUUUCUGGAUUUUUUUAUGUGUAGGAAAAACAUGUUUUUAUUGAAAAUUCACACUGAAAAAUAAGACUGACUUUUACACACACAGUGUGUGUCAAUGUUAUGAAUCACUUUGUACUGCUUUAUGCACAGCAAUGAACUAGUGUGUGUGUAAAAUGUGUAUUUAAGUGUAUUUUUAUACUCUAGCUGCAGUAGCAUUAAAAAGGGAAGCGUUUGUUACAGUAUCCUUUAUUGUGUAGUGUGCUAAUUAUAAAUGAAGCUUAGAUGAUUUACUGUGUAUUCUGCUUUUGCCUUUUUUGUCACGUAUUGAUUGUGAAGCAAACACAUCUCCAUCAAAAUUGUUUUUUUUGUAAAUAGAACUGAGGAGUGUCUUUAUUUUAUGACAUAUUCUGCUUGCUU